GCAGUCUCAGGCGCCGCAUCAGGGGCGUCCCGGCACGGAGGGGAGGGGGCGUCUGGAGCGGCAGGGAGAGGUGUUUCCCCCCUCCCCCGCGGAGGGAUAUCCUCGGCGCGCUCGGAGCGCUGUGACCGCACCAAAAUAUUGGGAGUUAAGAGGCGGCUUGGUGGCGCCGCCGGCUCAGAAGCGCGCGGGCAGGCACGGCGGCGUCUAGGCUCCUGCGCCCGCCACGGCUCCACUGCGGCGCCCAGCGCGCUCCCCGCCGCGACGGUCCCCGCAGGGGCGGGUUUCACGCGCAGCUCCACAGCUUCUGGACCCGCCUGCUUCCGCGGAGGACUCUAAUUUUGCCCGUGCGUCCCUGAAGCCCUGAGCGGCUCUUGGCAGUUAGAAGGAGGAGAGCGGGAGCGGCUUCUUCGGCAACUGUCUUUCGCCAGAGGACUCGGUGCGACCGUCGCGAGGAUCUGUGCCGGCGGGGACCUUAGAGGACUCUGUCGUUUAGCGUUCCCAGCUGAGGAAGGAGCCGCGCAGAAGACUUCCAGCGGCGAGCCGCCCCCAGCCGGCUCCGGAGAGAGGAGAGCCGCGUCGCACCGCCGAGCUCUGAGUCGGGAGGACGCCGGCGGUGCCACCGCGGGGGACUCGCUGUCCCCCCGCCUCGGAAGAUGUUGCUCUCCAAGUUCGGCUCGCUGGCUCACAUCUGCAGCCCCACUAGCAUGGACCACUUGCCGGUGAAGAUCCUCCAGCCAGUGAAAGUGGAGAAGGAGCCUUUCGACAAAGUGUACCAGGUGGGCUCCGUUCUUGGCAGUGGGGGCUUCGGCACCGUCUAUGCGGGGAACAGGAUCGCCGACGGCUUGCCGGUCGCCGUGAAGCAUGUGGUGAAGGAGAGGGUAACCGAGUGGGGCACGAUUAGCGGCGUUAUGGUGCCCCUGGAGAUCGUCCUCCUGAAGAAGGUGGGGUCCGGCUUCAGAGGGGUCAUCAAGCUGCUGGACUGGUAUGAACGGCCAGACGGCUACCUGAUUAUCAUGGAGCGGCCCGAGCUGGUGAAGGACCUGUUCGACUUCAUCACGGAGAAGGGUGCCCUGGAUGAGGAGACGGCCCGCGGGUUCUUCCGGCAGGUGCUGGAGGCAGUGCGCCACUGCUACGGUUGCGGUGUGGUGCACCGGGAUAUCAAGGACGAAAACCUGCUAGUUGACCUCAGGACAGGCGAGCUGAAGCUCAUCGACUUUGGCUCAGGGGCCCUCCUCAAGGACACAGUGUAUACCGAUUUCGAUGGAACAAGAGUAUAUAGCCCUCCAGAGUGGAUCAGAUACCACAGAUACCAUGGGAGGUCAGCAACGGUAUGGUCUCUGGGAGUUCUGCUGUAUGACAUGGUUUGUGGAGACAUCCCCUUUGAGCAAGAUGAAGAAAUCUUGAGGGGCAGAUUAUACUUCAGGAGAAGAAUUUCACCUGAAUGUCAACAAUUGAUCAAAUGGUGCCUUUCACUGAGGCCUUCAGACAGACCAACACUUGAGCAAAUAUUUGACCAUCAAUGGAUGCACAAAUCUGAAGUAGUAAAGUCUGAGGACUGUGACAUAAGGCUACGGACCCUUGAUACUGAUGUAUCUAGCACAAGUUCAAGUAAUGAGAGUCUGUGAAUUACUAAGGACCUCGCACUGGGAGGGGAGCUACAAGCAGAGACCACAGUGCUGCUGCCAAUACGUAGAAGGGGCUAGAAAAAUGCAUUCAUUAUUCUGUAGUUGAAUAUUUGUCUGAGGGACUUGAUUUUAUUUUCCCCCUUUGCUGGUUUCUGCUUUGGAAUGAGAGAUUUCCUUUGGAAACGCUGAAGUUUGGGAGUUGCAGGCCAGUACUUAGUCAAUGACUGACCUUAUUAAGAAAGCAGUGACCUCUUGAAUACAUGGUAAACUUUUUUGCUCUCAUAGAGCCUGGACUAGAUUUUAUUUGCUUUUGAGUGCCUUUUUGAAAGCUGCUUCAGUGGGACUUUCUUUUUUGAGCUGUGUAUGUCCAAAGAAGAUCCAGUUCAUUAUAGAAUUUGCUUCCUUUAGACUCAGUACUGGGGGAAGCAGCUCCUAUGAUGCAUUGGAAAACGUGUUCGGUGAUUGAAUGAAGUAGUCCCAUCCACUGGUGAUGGAAUACUUGAACACAGACAUUUCACUCCUGCCCCCAGCCCUUUCCAAAUCCAACCCACCUCUGCUGCUUGAAAUGUUUCCUAUAGCCUGCACAGAAAUAUGAACAGGUAUAUCAGCUUUUUUUUUUUAUCAGAAACAUUUAUUCAUGUUUCCUUUUAUCAUCUCUACCCUUGGGCAUGAGAGGCCCCUGUCUCAACUCCCCCUGGCCUUUUGUCACCCUGCGAGUCUUAAAGUAUGUAUGGGCAUGUUGAAUGCACAAUCAAUGCAAUAUUCAAAGACUUUUACUUUUUUUUUCCAUACCUGUAUAAUGUGUUUAUGUAAACUUGUUGGGGGUUUUUUGUUUGUUUGUUUUUGUUUGAUUGUUUUUUUUCCCGCAUACUAUACAGUUAUUUAUUGUUUGGAGUUUAGAGAAGACCUCCCACAGAUUUCAGCUGUGGCUAUUUAUUUGGUUAAUUUAUUUGGUUAGAGUUAUUCAACACUGUGCUUUCCCUUCUCCCCAUGGGAAUUCUAGUGGUUUGCCCAUGGCACUUUUUUCUGCAUUCCUGUCAACUUUUCUUUUCUUUGUGUUGGGGUUUUUAGUUGGUUGGGAUUUAUUUUUUUUUAAAGACAAAUUAUUUCUGACCUUCAGAUUUUGUUGGAAGAUGGAAAAUUGUUGUACAAAGUCUAACUUAAGGGAAAUAGAAUGACUUUUUAAAGUUAGUCAGUAUGCCUUUUGUCUGGUAUUAAUGUACCAGAAAUGUAAAGUAAUGCUGUUUGGAAGGGUUUUAAAUUAUUGACAUUGUACAGUCUCCGUGCAUUGGCUCUGGAAGGUGGAGUGGCAGAGUCAUAAACCUUAAUUUAUUUUAAUAGCUGUGUUUUCUGUGAUCUGGUUGCAUUUAUGCAGCUUGGAUUUUGAUUUUUUUUCUUCUGUUUAACAGUGUGAAAUGUAUGGAGAUCAUAUUUUUUAUACAGGUAUUUCAAUUAAACUUUUUUUGUAUAUAAAA